GAACCGUUUCUUCACUGCUUCUUAUCUUGUUGCUUGCAUUUCAUUCAGGCUCGCUGCUGUCAAAUUCGGUCCUUCGGUAUCACCCAUACUCCUGAGAGACAGAGAGAACAAAAAUGGCGGAAGCUGUCAUCGUUGGUAUUGCUGGAAAGAUCGUUGCUAAUCUAGUUCCUGAAGCGAUAGAAAAGGUUGGAAUGUUAUGGGGCGUCAAGCAUGAACUCGAGGCGCUCGGAGACACCGUCUCCACUCUUCAGGUUGUACUAGACCAUGCAGAAGAGCAAUACCACCAGAGUCCACAAAUCCAAGUUUGGGUUGACAGACUGAAAGAAGCUUUCUAUGAUGCACAGUACGUGCUUGAAGAAUUCAAUAUAGAAGCUAUGCGACGAGAAUUGAGGGGCCACAAUGAAAUGAUGAAGGAGGUAAGAACAUUUUUCUCAAGUUCAAACCAGCUUGCUUUUAAAGUGAAGAUGAGUUACAAACUAAGAGCAGUGAGGGAGAGAAUAGAAGCCAUUAAGGCUUAUAAGAAAUUCCACUUGGACGAACGCCCCAAGAGAGAUUGGGGGAAGAGAGAAGAGACGCAUUCGUUUAUACGUGAAGGAGAUAUUAAAGGCAGAGAUGAGGACAAAAGGACAGUUAUAAAAUUUUUAUUGGAUUCAAACGUGAAUGAGAACGUUUCCAUCCUUCCAAUAGUUGGCAUUGGUGGGCUUGGAAAAACGGCACUUGCUCAAUGUGUCUAUAAUGAUGAGAUGGUUAUUAAACAUUUUCACUUGAAAUUGUGGGUUUGUGUCUCCAAUGACUUUGACAUAAACAAAAUAGUGAAAAAUAUCAUAGCUUGUGCAAAGAACAAAGAACUAACUGAAGUUGCGAUCGAACAAUUGCAAAGUGAACUAAGAACAAUAAUUGAUGGAAAGAGAUAUCUCUUAGUUUUAGAUGAUGUGUGGACUACGAAACGAGAAACAUGGCUAAAGUUGAAAACUUUAUUGAUGGGAGGUGCUCGAGGAAGCAAGAUCCUCAUAACCACACGCCUUCCUUUGGUUGCGGAGAUCACCCGCACUACUCUAGCUCAUUAUCUCAAGGGCUUAUCUGACAGUGCAUCUCUUGAUUUACUAAUGCAAAUGGCUUGUCGAAAAGAAGAGACGAUACAAGAUCCUGAAAUGCUAGCUAUCGGCGAAGCUAUAGUUAGAAAGUGCUAUGGGGUUCCAUUGGUUAUUCGAACUGUUGGGAGUAUACUAUUCAUUAAGAAAACUAAACCCGAAUGGUCGCAUUUCAAAGAUUAUGAGCUCCCAGAUGUGUCUCAAAGGGACGAAGACAUAAAAUCUAUUCUUAGGCUAAGUUACGACCAUCUUCCUUCACAUUUGAAGCAAUGUUUCGCGUUUUGUUCAUUGUUUCCCAAAGAUUAUCAGAUAAAGAAGCAAACUUUGGUCGAUCUUUGGAUGGCAGAAGGAUUUAUCCAGCAAUCAGAUAGAAGUCAGCAUUUAGAAGACAUUGCUCAUGGAUAUUUCAUGAAACUACUUUGGAGUAACUUCUUCCAAGAUUAUCAAGAAGAUAAGGGGACUUGCAAGAUGCAUGAUUUGAUGCAUGAUCUAGCAUGCUUGGUUGCAGGGACUGAGUGUUGGGCGGCAUGCGAUGACAAAAAAUCCAUACAUAAGAGAACUCGUCACAUAUCAUAUGGUUCAACUUUCAAUUUGAAGGGUGAACUUCAAAUCACACGCGUGCAAGCAAGUGCACUGAGAACAUUUCUAUGUGUUGCUAGUGAUACGAAAAUGAAACCAGCGAGUGAAGUAGAUCUACACCAACUCAUUCAAAGUUUCAAGAGGUUGCGUGUCUUGGCUCUGCAUACCACAUAUGUCGAGAAGGUGUCAAGGUCGAUUUGUAAGUUGAAGUAUCUUACAUAUCUCGAUCUCUCUUACAAUGAAGCACUCAAAAGGCUUCCUAACUCCAUUACAAAAUUGCAGAAUUUGCAAACACUUAAUCUCUGCGGUUGUAGUGCCCUUGAAGAAUUGCCAAGGGGUAUAAGGAAGUUAGUCAGCCUUCGAAAUCUAGACAUAGGUGGUUGUUUACAACUAAGUUAUGUACCACAUGGACUAGGGCAAUUGAGUUCUCUGCAUAGGCUAACACGCUUCAUUUUGCCCAAAGAUAAAGCUCUUGCUAAGGAUUGUUGCGAACUUGGGGAGCUAAAUGGGCUUAAUGACAUCCGGGGAAGCCUUAGAAUUGAGAAUUUGGGAAGUGUGACAGAUGUCGAAGCAGAAUCCAAGGCUGCGAACUUGAUAGGGAAGCGGUCUCUAGAAUCUUUGGCACUUGAAUGGGGUUAUUUCAAUACCGAUGAUGUCGCAAAUAGAGACGAAGCUCUAUUAGGUGGAUUGCCGCCGCACUCAAGUCUGCAGAAGUUGGCGAUCAACGGAUAUAACGGUGAGAUUUUUCCAAGUUGGAUGAUGGAUAGCCUCGUGUCUUCCUUGCCCAAUUUAGUUGAGGUAUGCUUUUUCAAUUGUGCAAGAUGUAAAGGUCUCCCUCCACUAGGCCAACUACCUCACCUCAAGACUUUAGAUAUUCGGGAGCUGACUGAAUUGGAAUACAUCGAGUUAGGCCAUUCAUCCACUUCAAUAGCAUCAUUUCCGAGUCUAUUGAAAUUAAAGAUCAUUAGCUGUAUGAAAUUGAAAGCCAUGCCACCAGCUCCACAUCUCAAGGAGUUAAUGCUGAGUAAUGCCAACCCAGCAUUGAUAAAUAUGAUAGUUGGCCUUAAUAAGUUGAAGAUUCUGGAUAUCUGGAUGAUGGAGUCUCUAGAAUGUGUGCCCAUGGAGUGCUGGAAAAGUUUCGCCUCGCUCGAAUCUCUUAGCAUAUGGGAUUGUCCUCAGUUGACUUCCCUCUCAACACCACCACCAUUGGGUACGCGGCAUCAAUCCAACCUGGUGGAUCUCGAUUCUUCGAAUUCUGAGGAGCUGGAUUUAUCCAAUCACGACGAAAGCAGCAGCGGCAACAACAACCACCUCAUCUUGGAACUUCACAGUCUCCGCUCCGUGAAUCUCUGGAAACUUCCAAAACUAGCAUCUCUCCCGCAGUGGCUUCUCCAGCUCAGCAAUCUCCAGCAUCUCUCUAUUAUGGAUUGUAAAGAGCUGGAUUUAUGCAAAGACGAAAGCGGCAACAACAACAACCUCAUCUUGGAUUUCCAUGGAGGACUCCAUCAGAGUCUUCGGUCCCUGUAUAUCGAACGCCUUCCCAAACUAGCAUCUCUCCCGCAGUGGCUUCUACAGCUCCGCAAUCUCGAGCGUCUCACAAUUUGGGGUUGCGACAAUUUGAAGGAAUUACCAGAGCAGAUCGAGGCCCUUCAAUCACUUCAGCGGCUUGUCAUCCACGAUAGCCCCUCGUUGACGUCAUUACCUGAAGGAAUGCGAAAGCUUGCAUCCCUUACUCACCUAAGAAUCGCAUAUUGCCCAGAAUUGAAGAAGAUGUGCAAAAGAGAUGCAGGCGAGGACUGGUACAAGAUCGCUCAUAUCCCCGACAUAGAACUUGGAUGAUGUUAGAUCGAGCCCUAAUUUUCUUUACUGAAGACUAGGCAGAAAUGGCACAGAUUUUUGCACCGACGACGUAAUGCCAGAUAAGGAUCACAAAGAACUCACUGACUGCCAGUCCCAUGACAGGAAACACAUGGAUUUCUCUCUUGCUAAAACAGAAGAAGAGUGGAAACACCAAGAGCUUUUCUUAGUUCAUCUUCAGGGUGUAUGCUUUGAAGUCCGAGAACAAUACUAGUACAUGCUCGAGAGUCUUCUCAACUUGGACGUCACGCCCUACACCAAUACAAUAAUUGCAUAAUACAUUUGGUUGCCCAAAAUUGGAGGAGAGGUGCCACAAAGAUGCAGGCGACGACUGUUACAAGAUAUCUCAUAUCCUGCGGACAGAGUUGAUAAAGUUAUCUAUCAACGCUACAUGAUUCGAUUGGGGGACAUGGACAGAUCGCUGAUAGGUUUGGACAUUGCUUUAAUCUCGAACAUGCGAGAAAAAUGAAGAAAAUUCGUUCUUUUCUUCUUCCAACUCCGAGAUUGUUAAAUCUGCCUCAUGACUCAUGCUGUAGAUAUAGUGUGCAAUCUGCUUAUUUGAUUUCACAAGGAGCAAAAUGCCUGCACAGUUCUGGAAAACUCUCAUAGAUGAAGUGAUGAAAUGUUUCUCUGUUGAACGGCUUCUGGUUUGCUUCCCUUGAACGGAGGUUCUGACAUAGAUCUGCGUAGCAACUCAAGGGCAAUCCCUAGACCUGCUGAGCACCCAUUUGAACUUCCAAAGUGGAAUUACUAUGGAUCAAGUACCGGUCAAGCUCCAGGGGAGGAUAGAGAAGUGAUCUUAUAGUUAGCAUUUGACAGCAUUUGACAUUCUUGAUUUGCUUCUUAGCCAUUCUGCAGAGGUUCUCAGACUAGGCAGAAAUGGCACAGAUUUUUGCACCGACAACGUAAUGCCAGAUAAGGAUCACAAAGAACUCACUGACCGCCAGUCUCAUGACAGGAAACACAUGGAUUUCUCUCUUGCUAAAACAGAAGAAGAGUGGAAAAACCAAGAGCUUUUCUUAGUUCAGGGUGUAUGCUUUGAAGUCCAACAACAAUACUAGUACAUGCUCGAGAGUCUUCUCAACUUGGACGUCACGCCUACACCGAUACAAUAAUUGCAUAAUACAUUUGGUUGCCCAAACUUGGAGGGGAGGUGCCACAAAGAUGCAGGCGAUGACUGUGACAAGAUAUCUCAUAUCCUGCAGACAGAGUUGAUAAAGUUAUCUAUCAACGCUACAUGAUUCGAUUGGGGGACAUCGACAGAUCGCUGAUAGGUUUGGACAUUGCUUUAAUCUCGAACAUGCAAGAAAAAUGAAGAAAAUUCGUACUUUUCUUCAUCCAACUCCGAGAUUGUUAAAUCUGCCUCAUGACUCAUGCUGUAGAUAUAGUGUGCAAUCUCCUUAUUUGAUUUCACAAGGAGCAAAAUGCAUGCACAGUUCUGGAAAACUCUCAUAGAUGAAGUGAUGAAAUGUUUCUCUGUUGAACGGCUUUUGGUUUGCUUCCCUUGAACAGAGGUUCUAACAUAGAUCUGCGCAGCAACUCAAGGGCGAUCCCUAGACCUGCUGAGCACCCGUUUGAACUUCCAAAGUGGAAUUACUAUGGAUCAAGUACCAGUCAAGCUCCAGGGGAGGAUAGAGAAGUGAUCUUAUAGUUAGCAUUUGACAACAUUUGACAUUCUUGAUUUGCUUCUCAGCCAUUCUGCAAAGGUUCUCAGACUAGGCAGAAAUGGCGCAGAUUUUGGCACCAACGACAUAAUGCCAAACAAGGAUCACAAAGAACUCAUUGAUGGCCAGUCCCAUGGCAGCAAACGCAUGGAUUUCUCUCUCACUAAAACAGAAGAAGAGUGUAAACACCAAGAGCUUUUCUAAGUUCAAGGUGUAUGCUUUGAAGUCCAAGAACAAUACAAUUACAGGCUUGAGAGUCUUCUCAACUCGGAUGCCACGCCCUACACCCAUACGAUGAUUGUAGAAUACAUUUGGUAUGUUUUAAUGCCUAAAACCAUUUAGUGUGAUCCACAAAAAGAUGACAAAUACUAGAACUAUUCUGUACUGAGAUUAUAAGUUCGCAUUUUUCUUCGAUAUGCCAUCAGAAUAAGUAUGUCAUAUGUUAUAUUCACAUUCAACUGCUGACACCUUUUCUUUUUUUCUUUCAAUUUUUGCAUUAGCGAACUUAUUUCACAUUUUGACGUUAGUCUAACUAUGAGUCAGGAUCGGAGUUUCUGGCAUAGAUUUGCACAGCACAUCAAGGGUAUGAAUAGCAACAAUAAAAUAUGUAGGGUUCUUCUUUUUACAUGCUACAUGCUACUAAUAUAUUGAUUCAUGAAUAAUCAGAUGAUCCCUAGAGCUAUUGAGUAUGGAUCAAGUACUGGUCAAGCUCCAGGGGAGGAUAGUGAAGUGAUCUAAUCGUAAGAUGACAUAAACCAAAAACUCUCUUACUAUAUUUACCUUCACAUCAUUCCAUCAAGUUCUUGAUUUUUUAACAACCCUCGAGCAAUUUUCAAGGAUCCUUUCUGAGGCAGCAACAAUAUCAUGGUAAUCAUCCACGAAAUAAGUAUUAUGUUGUCAAAAAUUGUUCAUCCAUCAGAUCAUCUGAACAGGUUGAUCAAACGAGAAAGAACGUUUCAAUUAGUUUACGAAGAAUUAUUGUUCGUCUGUAGGUUAUUUGCAAUUUAUACACAUCAGCUGGCGAGCUGAUCCCAGCGAACAAACGUGCCAGGGUUGCUGAAAUUUUCAGUAACCCAAAGGUUAUCAAUGAAGUUUCAUGGUAUGGGAUUGAACAAGAAAACACCCUACUGCAGGACCGAAGAAACGGUCAAUCUCGUUUGCGGCAAAACAGAGCAAAUCUAGAAUGAAUCGGGAUCACAUUUAGAGAUUAAUUGGGGAAGAUACGACCUGGUAAAUGUGGUCGUGGCCAAGGGUACAGAGUCCAUCAAAUUGAAACUCCGCCGAGCUGAUUCCAGUCCAACUCCAGUUCAGGUUUAGCGACAAAUAAGCAAACGACAAUAUCAAUCACGAACACGGAGCAUCACAGAGCAGUAUACUGCGGGGCUGUCCAAGGCAGAUUUGACGAUUCCGAGGGGUGUCGUUGUAUGUACGAGUGUUAGCGGGUACAGGUGCGCUAGGACAAAGCGCUACCGUGAAGUCUUUCACUGGCAGAAGAUGAGGAAAGGAGGACGACGAAGAAAAAUAAAAUAGGGACGCUCGGCCUCACCCCUGCGACAUUGGUUUUAGGCGAAACUGGAACUUCUACGAUCGUCGCCAAAGUGCAGGACGAACGUCUGGAGCUUCAGGAACGGAUGGACAAGCUACUAGGGUUGACAACUUGUUACAACGUAAAUAAUCUGUUGUUAUGACACAUUUAUUCUAGUAUUAUGAAUAUACAUAAUUGAAUUUACGACU